AUGCCAGGCAAGUACGCGGCCAACGAUCUUUCCGACGCCGCUCUUGGCUGGUCUGGCCUCCGCAUACACGAUGGACACUUCAUCGAUUCCUACGGUCGCACCAUCAACCUGCGCGGUGUCAAUGUUGCCGGGUCUUGCAAGCUUCCCGCUACGCCCAACGGCCUCUCUCACCUAUACGAAGGCUUUUACGAGUCGCACCGCAUUGUCUCAUUUGUAGGGCGGCCUUUUCCGCUGUCAGAAGCUCCAUUGCAUUUUGCACGACUCCGUGCGUGGGGCCUGCCACUCAUCCGUCUACUUGUCACGUGGGAGUCCAUCUCGCACAAGGGUCCCGGCGUAAACGACGUGGAUGGAGACUACAUUGACUAUCUCGAAAAGCUGUUUGAGCUCAUGGCCGAGUACGGCUUGAAGUGCUUCGUAUGUGCGCACCAGGAUGUAUGGUCGCGUUUCAGCGGUGGUUCAGGUGCGCCUGGAUGGACGUUCGAGGUGGCUGGCUUGGAUGUCGAGGCGUUCACACAGACAGGAGCAGCAUAUAUUCACUGCGUAGAUGAAAAGCUGAAACGGGAAGCGCAGCAGGGCUCGGCAAAGGGUAAGAAGGAAGCGAGCGGUGCCUUCCUGUGGCCAUCGGGCUAUCAGAAAUUGGCCGCCAGUACCAUGGCGACGCUAUUUUGGGCUGGAGACGCACUCGCUCCAAAAGCUACCGUUCAUGUUGAUGGCAAGCAGGUUGGGUUGCAAACGUACCUACAAUCCUCUUAUAUCGAAGCAUUUGGUGUGCUGGCAGAUCGACUGGCACCCUUGGAAGCUUGCUUGGGCUUCGAGCCCAUGAACGAGCCGCAUCGGGGGCUCAUCAAUCUGCACGACUUCCACUCUUGGAAUUACGAGACUGAUCUACACAUUGGUCACUUUCCUUCACUCAUUCAAGCACUCGCACUUGGAAGCGGAUACAAGCAAGACGUCAAGUUCUACGUCAAGACAUGGCCUGUCCCCACGCGCGUCUCACACACGGCCACCAUCGAUCCCAAGGGUAAAUCGUGCUGGCUUUCGUCAACUCAUGAUGGCAGCGCAGGACUCGGCACUUGCAUCUGGCGUGCUCACGGCGUGUGGGAAUGGGACGAGUCCAAGCAGGUGCCCGUCGUGCUGCAGUACGACUACUUCGAAAAGGAUCAUCGACAGGGACGCGAGGGUCAGCGCAUCGAAUGGUAUCGAGACUGUUACGCGCCCUUUUUGCGUCGAUUCACCGAGCGGGUCAAUCGCAAGGCUCCCUCGGCGUUCACGUUUGUCGAACCGAUCCCGAACGAGUUUGUGCCACCUUGGAUUCCUGCGCGCGUGAUUGAAGAUCCCGCUGUGGCCAAGCAGUACAAGGAAGCGGCGUACAGUCAGAAGUACGCUAUUCGCACGCUCAUCGAUACGCCUCGACCAGGCGGGGAAGCCGGAUUCGUAUAUGCGCCGCAUUUCUACGAUCUCAAUGUGCUCUUUGGCAAAGUCCACUCGUGGAUGAGCGUCAACGUUCAAGGUCUUAGCAGAGGCAUGUUCCUUCUCAAGGCGUUGCACUUCGGCGUGCAAGGUUUGCGCAAGAACUACUUGGCACAGAUCGGCAAGAUCAAGGAGCUCGCGUAUGCGUCGCUAGGUAGCGUGCCUAUCAUCAUUGGCGAAGUCGGGCUGCCGUUCGAUAUCAACGCCAGACAUGCUUACAAGACUGGCGACUAUUCGAAGCAUCACGAGCUGCUCGAUGCACUCAUCAACGCCAUGGAGAAGAAAGGGUUGGGGUUCACGCUGUGGAACUACAAUCCGGACAAUCGCGUCGAGUAUGGCGAUGGCUGGAAUUUUGAAGAUUUCAGCAUCACCAAUGGGGAUCACGACCACGAGGAAGGGAAAGCAGGUGGUGGCACGAUGGGGCUAAAACAGGAUUUUCGAAAUGCUGAGCACGAGGGCGAUGUGCUGUACAAAGGCGGACGUGCAUUGGACGUCAUCAUACGACCAUAUGCGGUCAAAGUGGCCGGCGUCCAGGUGUAUACCGAGUUCGACGUCGAGACCCUGUUCUUCGAGGUGCACUGGAGAAAUCUUCGCGAUGGCGGCGAGAGUGAGAAGUCGCAGGUGACAGAAAUCUUCCUCCCCGCCUACCACUAUAAGAAUCAGCGCUUCAGCAUCACCACCACCGACGCAGAGACCACGUUCAACGCUGAACUCCAGACGCUGUUCGUCAAGCAUACCGAUCUACGGGCUGGAGUGGUGCACAAGCUCAAGAUCGAGUUGGAUGACCCGCACGCACGAAGGAGAAACAGACUCGAGCAGAAGCGCAGGUUGGUCGAGGCGAAGGGACUGUUGGAUAGAGUAGGAAGGUUAGUGCCGGAAGGCGUGGUGCUGUGGUGGGAUGCAUUGAGUGCGGCACAGGUGUCGAGUCUGGUCGUGAUCGCGCUGGUGGUGGUGAUCGGAUUAUGGACGGCUGAUCACCAUAUGAAGCGAUUCAUGACUGAGGGGAAGGCAGAGUUGUAA